GCUUGCUCACUUGCCACUCGCCCUCCGGCCGGGAAGCAUGGAGCUGUCCAGGCUCGUCUGCGCCUUUCUGCUCGCCGCCUGCUGCUGCUGUCGCCGUGCCGCGGGUGUGCCUGGAGAGGCGGAGCAGCCUGAGCCUGAGCUGGUAGAGGUGGAAGUAGGCGGCACGGCGCUUCUGAAGUGUGGCCCCUCCCAUUCCCAGGGCAACUUCGGCCAUGUGGACUGGUUUUCUGUCCACAAAGAGAAGCCCACCCUCAUCUUCCGCGUGCGCCAGGGCCUGGGCCAGAGCCAGCCUGGGGAGUACCAGCACCGGCUCAGCCUCCAGGACGAAGGGACUACUCUGGCCCUGGCACAUAUCACCCCCCAUGACGAGCGCAUCUUCCUGUGCCAGGGCAAGCGUCCUCAGUCCCAGGAGCACCGCAUCCAGCUCCGUGUGUACAAAGCUCCGGAGGAGCCAAGCAUCCAGGUCAAUGCUGUGGGCAUUUCUGUGAACAGUCAGGAGCCCGAGGAGGUUGCCACCUGUGUGGGGAGGAACGGGUACCCUGUUCCUCAGGUCAUCUGGUACAAGAAUGGCCGGCCCCUCAAGGAGGAGAAGAACCGAGUCCACAUUCAGUCGUCCCAGAUCGUGGAGUCGAGUGGCUUGUACACCUUGCAGAGCGUUCUGAAGGCACAGCUGGUUAAAGAAGACAAAGAUGCCCAGUUUUACUGUGAGCUCAACUACCGGCUGCCCAGCGGGAACCACAUGAAGGAAUCUAAGGAGGUCACUGUCCCUGUUUUCUACCCUGCAGAGAAAGUGUGGUUGGAGGUGGAGCCCGUGGGAAUGCUGAAGGAAGGGGACCGUGUGGAAAUCAGGUGUUUGGCUGAUGGCAACCCCCCACCCCACUUCAGCAUCAGCAAGCAGAACCUCAGCACCAGGGAGGUGGAGGAAGAGACAACGGAUGACAAUGGGAUCCUGGUUUUGGAGCCCGCCCAGAAGGAGCACAGUGGGGUCUAUGAAUGCCACGGCCUGGACUUGGAAACCACAACAUCGCUGCAGAGCGACCAACAGGAGCUGCUGGUGAACUACGUGUCUGAUAUCCGAGUGAGACCUGCAGCCCCUCAGAGCCAGGAGGGCAGCAGUCUCACCCUGACCUGUGAGGCAGAGAGCAACCAGGCCAUUGAGUUCCAGUGGCUGAGAGAAAAGACAGGCAAGCUGCUGCAAAAGGGGCCUGUGCUCCAAUUAUACAACCUGAAACGGGAGGAAGGGGGAGGCUACCGCUGUGUGGCGUCUGUGCCCAGUGUACCCGGGCUGAACCGCACACAGCUGGUCAACGUAGCCGUUUUUGGGUCCCCGUGGAUGACAGUAAAGGAGAGGAAGGUGUGGGUGAAGGAGAACACGGUGCUGAAUCUGUCUUGUGAAGCAUCAGGACAUCCUCGGCCCACCAUCUCCUGGAAUGUUGAUGGCACGGCAAGUGAACAAGACCAGGAUCCACAGAGUGUCCUGAGCAUCCUGAAUGUCCUUGUGACCCCAGAGCUGUUGGAGACAGGUGCUGAAUGUGUGGCCUCCAACUCCCUGGGCAAAAACACCACCAUCAUUUUCCUGGAGCUGGACUCCAACAGAACCAUUGGCCUCAGCACCUCCACUGUCAGUCCUCAUGCCAAAGCCAACAGCACCUCCACAGAGAAAAAGCUGCCAGAGCCUGAAAGCAAGGGUGUGGUCAUCGUGGCUGUGACUGUGUGCAUCCUGGUCCUGGCUGUGCUGGGUGCUGUCCUCUAUUUCUUCUACAAGAAGGGCAAGCUGCCGUGUGGGCGCUCAGGCAAACAAGAGAUCACGCUGCCCCCGUCUCCUAAGAGUGAAUUUGUAGUUGAAGUUAAGUCAGAUAAACUCCCAGAAGAGAUGGGCCUCCUACAGGGCAGCAACGGUGACAAGAGGGCUCCAGGAGACCAGGGAGAGAAAUACAUCGAUCUGAGGCACUAGCCCACUGAAUCACACCAAGCCCCCUUCCUGCCUGGAACAUGUCCUGUUCCCUGCUCACCCUCCCCCAUCCCCAGGACUCAGGAUGGUCACCAAAGCCUCUAAAGUGGACUACAGAGAAGACCCCUGCUCCAGCUCACCUGCAGAGCCCAUUUCAGAGGGCAGAUGGGCCAGGGCCAGAGCUGUCCUGAGAAGGAGCUCAAGUGGCCCUGGAGGCCCCCUCUUCAGGGACCAAUCCACCACCCUCUCAAUUUGUUGAGUGAUGCUCAUCCCAAGGAUGGGGGCCUCAGUCCCCCAGAAGUGGGUAGGAGAGUUCCUCUUUACCCAUGUCAUGGCUGUAAAUACCCGUCUUCAACCAGCAGCUGAAUUAGGUAGCCUAUUUAUCUUGAGCUGAUUUCCUGCCCCAAAGGCUGGCUUCAUAAUUCAGGUGUAUCACUGAAGUGAGGAUGCACUGAGCCGAAGCCCCUCUCCAUUGGUGAAGUAUGUUGUUCACACUGGUGCUGGAGAGUACCCCAGCAUUAUCUAGAAGCAGUUGACUGCCUGCCUCUCAAGUCCUUUUUGUGACACUUCCUCCUCUGGGCAGAAGCCAGGACUUCGUGUCAUUCCUUAAAAGAUAUGCUGGGUAUAUCUCAUUCUCCCUGCAGUGAGGAAGCUGACACUGUUUUCCAGAGUUAAGACCAUUGAGCCCAAUCCCCCUGCAUCCACUUAGCUCCCACUGCCCUCAAGGGAUCAUGUAAGACUGAAAGGUGGGGUAGGGGACAGAGAUGAGGUCCAGACUGUCCUUUAUGGGGAUUACUGUUACAGUUAGACUAGCACCAAAAUUCUACAAACCGAGCUGAUGGGCCUAGACCCUAGCAGAAGGGCCCUAAUGGGAGAAUGGUACUUAGGAUGAGAAACGGGCCUGGCUAAAGCUUUGGGGUGUGUAUGUGUUAUCUGUGUGUGCGUGCGUGCGUGUGUGUGUGUGUGUGUGUGUGUGUGUGUGUGUGUAUAUGGUUUUGUUAGGCUGUGUGUAAAUUUGCAAACUGUUUCCUUUUUAUAUAUAUAUAUGAAAAAUAAAGCUUAAUUGUC